AUGAUAACGGUUUUUCGCACAAUUCGCAAGCGAUGGGAUACGACUAAACGCUGGACUAAAGGCCCUUCAGCACGGGGGGACCUCCCCCAGGCUUUACCUCCGUUUGAGGAGACACUAGUGGUGCAGACCGAGGACCCUCCACUCGCCAAAGGAAAGAAGAAAAAGCGUACACGAGGGCGGGGUCGUGGCCGGAGGCAGAAAGCCACCCCCUCGGCACCUGCAAUGGUACCAGAAACGUAUAAAUCGGCACAACCCUUCGACGCAUUCCUCGUGCUUGACGUUGAGGCCACUUGUCAGCAAGGCAGCAGCUUUGAUUAUCCGAAUGAAAUCAUCGAACUCCCCGUUACCCUCGUGCGCUGGACAGAUAAGAUAGACGGCAAGGCUAGCCAAUUGGAAGUAGUGGACGAAUUCCAUAGCUUCGUGAAACCAACAUGGCGACCAACUUUAUCUGAGUUUUGUACGCAGCUCACAGGCAUUACUCAAGAUAUUGUUGAUGCCGCACCAGAUUUCCCCGUUGCGCUUGCCUCCCUGCGGCAAUUCUUAGUGAAACAUGAGUUGAUUGAUUCAGAGACCGAGGAGCCGUUGAUGCGCUUCUGCUGGUGUACCGACGGCCCCCACGAUAUCCGAGACUUCUUUGUGAAGCAGUGCUUCAUAUCCAAGGUGGAAAUGCCACAAUGGAUGAGAACAGACGUGAUGGAUGUCCGGUCAACUGUGGUGCAUUGGUUGGCUUCCCAGGCUGGCAAGAAACCCAUAACCCCCGCUACCAAGGCUCAUUUCGGCGUGAAACGUCCACUAAAUAUAACGCUUCAACUCGAGGCCCUCGGGCUACCCCCGUUUGAAGGACGCCAACAUUGUGGAAUGCAUGACGCGCGCAAUGUAGCCAGGAUUGUCACCGAGCUCGCGAGAAAAGGUAUCCGGUUACAGCCAAACACGCCAGUACAUCCCCACCGCCGAUGGGUAUGGAUGGGGCAUUCGGGCCAGAUUCUUGAUCUGUAUAGAUAA